UCAGUUGAUUCUCUAAAAUCAAAGUGUGGAGCUCAGCGCAGCACUCGCAAACAGGAUCGCAGCAGGAGGAAUUCAUCGCACUACAACGGGCUAUAUUUGGACACCGGGAGCCUAACGGACACACUGUAAACAUGUUGGCCUUCCACAACGAGCACAUUGCAAGCUGCGCCUUCCUGACGUACUAUACACCAGAGAGCUCCACGGCCACGGCGGCCAGCUCGCCCACCUCAUCCGCCGCACAGGCUACGCCACUCUUCAAUGACAAGCAGGCCAUAUCAGGGGUUGCGUACCCCUGCGGUGCACUGAGCGUGCGGCGCAUGCGCUGGCAGCAGCAUCAGCAGCACCACCACCACCAGCAACAACAACAGCAGCAUCAUGUCACACAGACACAGAGGCAUGCCUUUGGGUACCCCUAUCCCCGUCUGUGUGUUGGCCAGCGGCUGCAGUUGCAAAGCCAUCAGCAGCAACAGCAGCAGCAGGAAUCGCAUCAGCAAUCGAGUCUGGGCUGCCUCAUUGCCAGCAGUCGCAGCAAUUUGCGUGACAUUUGUAAAACUCGUGCGAUUUGCUAACAGCCAUUGCAUGCCUCAGCCAGCGAUGCAGAAGCAACAACAACAACAACAGCAGCAACAACCUCAACAUCAUUAUGU